GUGUACAGGGUAGGGGAGUUAUGUGGCCAGGCCCAGGAGGGACAUGUGGCAGAGGGCAGGGGACAGACAAGAAGGGGCAGCCUCAGUAAGGUUGUCUGAUUUCUCUUGGCCAAAAGCCUAAGGACUGUUGACGCCCGGUUCCUGUCCCCUCCCCUUCUCCCCCAGGAGGCGGGAGUCUCCUCUGGAAAAACACUGGGGCCUCAGCUUCUGGGCUGGGUGCUGGGGGAAGGCCAGAUUGCAUCAGACGGUGCCUGAGGCCCAGGGCCCAUCUGUGUUCUGAGGAGGAGACACAGCCUUAUAGGUCAGGGCAGACAGACUGGAAAAGGAAGCCGGACACAAACAGAGCUCGAGGAGAAGAUGAGGGAGGCAGCGAGUGGACCAGAGCUGAGGGCCACCUUGCCGCCAGCAGCCAGCCCCUCGCAGCAGGUCCUAGGCCUGGAGGAUGAAGAAGCCAGCCUGGAUGACGGGCGGAGGCCGAAAAGGUCGGACCAAGAGAGAAGCUGCUGCCAACACCAACCGCCCGAGCCCUGGUGGACACGAGAGAAAGUUGGUGACCAAGUUCCAGAACUCAGAGAAGAAAAAGAUCCGGCGCUGAGUCGGAGCUGGGGAUAAGACAGACCACGGACGCCACACCCAGACAUGGAGACAGAACUGCGGAGGAAUCAGGGAGCAGGAUUUGGAUCUGCUUGCCCUCCUCUCCACCCCCAGGAUUUACCCCCCCUGAGUGAGGCUCCAGGGAGGCCCCCGAGAAAACACCUCCAGGUCUAGCAAAAGGGCCAGCUGGGAACUAGAGGUAGACCGCGGCUAGGCAGAGUCAGGAAGCUUCUUCUCAAAAAGAGCCACUGGAGAAACUGGAGCCCCCCAGCCCCAUCCCAGGGCAACUGUGACAAUAAACAAGUUCAGGAGCUGCA